CGAUCAAGAAAUUAACAGAUUCAUUUUCUCAUCUCUGUCUUCGAUUGCUCUUCUCAUCCCUAUCUCUCUCUAGAAUUCUCUCCAUCAUUGUUACUGUGCUGUAUAAUUACGUCCUAUAACAGCAUCAUCAUCACAAUCCUCCUCCUCAUUUCACGGUCCUUGGCAUCAAUUGAGUUCCGACGAAACUCUAACUCGUUAUUAAAAAGCCCUAACUCGGUUUGAUUAACAUCAGUCAACUCAGUGCGAUUUUCAGUAGGUGACUCGCUCUCUUCGCCCCGAUCGAAUAAGUGAAACGAUGUGUUCUCCUCGAAGCUGACGCUGGUAAUGGAGAUUGUUUCUUCCUCGAUUUCGCUGUUAAAGUUCAUUUUUUUCGAGAUUUGAGUUUAAUUGGUGAUGUUAGUGUGUUGAAUUGAUGGUGAUUGGUGAAUUAGGAUUGGUGAACUCGGUUUGAUUAACAUCAGUCAACUCAGUGCGAUUUUCAGUAGGUGACUCGCUCUCUUCGCCCCGGUCGAAUUAGGAUGUGUUUGAUCUAGAGACAAAGCAACGGUCUCUUCUUUUUCAGGUUGAAAAUGGGAGACAUUAUAGUUGGUGCCCCACAUCCUGAUGCAUCCAUUGUCUUGUUGAGAGCUUUUCAUGAUCACAGGAGAGCAGGAAAUGAUAUAGACCGGUCAUAUAGAUAUGCUAGAGAUACUCAUCCCUUGGAGUUCAGGAUCGUUAUGGAGAGAGCUCUUAGACAUGGACAUCAGUUCCGUGUGCCUACUGAUAUGUCCCAUUGGAGAUACGAGAUCAUGUUUAAAGGCCAUCACAGGACUUCUCAGAAUGGGGUAUCCAUCGGACGCACCGGGUGUGCUACUUGCGUGGUUGCUAAGUAUCGAAACCAUAAUUUUGGUGAUGGAGCUGGCCGGAUUCGUAUUGGAGGAUCUGGAGGACGUAUCAAGGAGGCCAAUAGACGAGGACAACGCCUUCUGUCAGAUCAGGAGAUGACCGUCUACAACACUGCUCUCCAUCGAUCUAUUUUUAGUGGACUUCCCGUCCGGUUAUAUGCGCACGUGCCUUUGCCAGAUGAGCAGUACUACUACGUGGGACUUGUUCGGGUCACUAGAGUUAUACAGCUUUGGACUCCAGAGGAUUUUCAUUGUUACGAGUAUAGAGUUGUUCGUUUCCCCUGGAAUGGGGUCGAUGUUGGAGAGCUAGGAGGGCAUGAAGAGCAAGUCCCAGUUUUUGAAGGUCAUGAUGAAGUAUUAGCUCUUGAAUGGCAUGCUGAUGAUGAACCUGAUGCGGAUGUGGAACCCGAGCUCGAUGAUUCACUCGAAGACCAACAACAUGAAAAGGUGACUGAGCAGCCUUCUAUGCUUCUGGGUGGAGAACUCAGUGCAUAUCACCUGGAAGGACUUGAGUGGAUGCUUAAUUUGUUCAAUAAGAAUUUGAGUGGAAUAUUGGCUAAUGAGAUGGGGUUGGAUAAGACAAUCCAGACCAUCUCCCUGAUUGCUUAUCUAAUGGAGAACAAGAAUGUGGCUGGACCGCACUUGAUUGUGGUCUCAAAGGCUGUACUAUCAUAUUGGAUGAUUGGAUUCAGUACUUGGGUUCCUAGCAUUAUUGUUGUUCAUUAUGAUGGCCGUGUGGAGGAGAGAAAGGUACUGAGGGAUGCAUAUUCAGGAAAGGAGAAAUUUAAUGUAUUGAUCACUGACUUUGACAUGGUUAUGAGAGAUAGAGCAUAUCUUAAAAAAGUUCAGUGGCAGUACAUGUUUGUUGACGAAGGACAUAGGCUAAUCACUUACGAAUCUUUUGCAAGGGCUGUCAACUCGGGUUUUAAAAUACGAAGGAAAAUUUUGCUGAGUGGAAACCCAGUUCCAAAUAGUUCACAGGAGUUAUGGCCACUGCUUAACUUUGUCCUACCAAACAUCUUCAAUUCAGCUGAGAAUUUCGAGCUGUGGUUUAAUGAUCCCUUUGCAGAGGGAUGUGAUGUUUCUCGUACAGAUCAAGAGAAGUUAAGGGUCAUUUGUCGUUUGCAACAUGUUUUAAGGCCAUUCAUGUUGAGUAGGAAGAAAAUGGAUAAUGAAAGGCCAAAAGAGAACAACAGACCUCGACUCAUGGAAGAAAACGAGGUACCAGAAUGGGCAUAUCCUCAGCCUGACCUAAAUAACACCGGGGAUUAUAAAAGUGCCAAUGUCAGUGGAAAGAGAUGCUGGGAGCCGGUGACAUGGAAUAUUCACAAAAGAAAGAGGUCCAGCUGCAUUUAUAUGCCUCCGGUGACAUGGAAUAUUCACAAAAGAAAGAGGUCCAGCUGCAUUUAUAUGCCUCCUCAUGCAGUUCUAGGUUCAGCAAAUGUUGUCUAGUGAUCUUGAUUAUCAUUUGGAGAUGCUAACUGUUUUCACCGGUUUCGGUUACGGUUUCGGUUUCAAUUCGGUUUCUUGCU